AUGUAAUAAUCUGUAGAAGAAAUAGAUUAAUUUAUUCUUGGCUUCGACAAUCAAACAAACAACUCUUUACUUUAGUCGACCAUCAAUCAAGACCAACUCUUAGCACAGAAUGCCCGACUAUUGCAAUAAUUACAUCAAUAAUAGAGGAUGAUUGAUUUGUAAAGUCUUUUCUCUUAGAACAUGCUUCAAAAUCCAUAUCUUAAAUAAUAAGUCUAACAAAAAACUAAAUAGAUUAAGAAGGCUAAACCUACCUUGCGAACUAUUCAAUCUACUGUCAAUCUAAGAGAUUAACCACCUUAAAUUUAGGAGAUCAAAGGCAAUGUGAAAAAUGCCUAUAUAAAGAAAUCACAUCCUUAUAGAGUGUAGAAGGAGACAAUCUUCUUGAUGAGGAAAUGCAAGAGGAUUUGGAACACGAUAGUUCAUCUGAAGGACUUUCAAAUGAUAAAAAGGUGGAUUGCCAGGAUUUUGUGGAUCUGCAAAUGAU